CAUUGUCAUUCAUUCAUACAUUUUCUCAGUUGAUCUAAAAGUUGAAUUAGUUAAUUUAAUUUUGUAUUGCAGACUACUGCACUUUGUCCUUUUUUAUUUAUUAAAAAAAUGUUGUGAUUUCGUUUAGUUGCUAGCACAACGCAAAAUAGAUCUGCUUUGUGAUACCAACGGGAUGUUCUAACUAUCUUAUAAACAAGAUAAUUGCCAAUAAACAUGUUAUCUCGGUUCGUGGUAACGCAAGUGAAGCACAAUUCGUUCUUCCUGUUGGGGCUGGUGUUGGGAUUAUGGGUCGCUUUAGUAGCUGUGCCCUUGGAGGAGGAUGUGGUGGAGUGCGGGGGUGCUGCGAGUGGGUCUCCGGCAGAGGCUGAUGAGUUUGAGCCGCAUAGGGAGGAAAGACCUUUGGGAGCGGCUGGACCUGCCGCGGGGCGCACUGUGCAGCGUCCGCGGUAUUAUAGCACCGAACUUGGUAUGAGAGGUUCCCUGUUAUCUGGUGUGCUGAGUUCCGAAGAAGCCCUAUCAGCACGUGGGGCGGCCCUGAACCGUACUGCUGCACGUCUCCAACCCUCCCUACGUUUCUUCAUUGCUGCCAACACUCUUUCACCAUCUCCCGCCCGUGCCAACGUAGUAGGCUUCACCGAUACCCGAGAGAUGCUGAAGCCUUUCCAUGCACUGAAAUACCUAGCUGAUAAUUACCUUGAAGAAUAUGAUUUCUUCUUCCUAGUUUCUGAUGCGACAUUUGUGAAUGCUCGCCGUCUGACUGAUCUUGUGUCAAAACUGAGUGUCAGUCAGGAUAUCUAUAUGGGCACUAUUGCGGAGGAUGACAGCCAUUAUUGUACACUUGAGGGCGGCAUACUCCUAUCCAAUUCUGUGUUGCGGGCGGUACACGGCGAGCUGGAUUGGUGCGUCCGCAACUCUUACUCCCCCCACCACCACGAGAACAUCGGCCGCUGCGUACUCCACGCAGCACACCAGCGCUGCACUACAGCGCUUCAGGCCCAGACGUACUCAGCGCUGAAACUAAGCGAUGAACCCGCUGCAGGGUUGACACCGGAGUUGGCAGAUUCAGUUACGGCGUAUCCUGUGACGCAACCUGAUCAUUUGCAUCGUUUGCACGCGUACGUUUCACGGGUGUACCUGGAGCGCGAGCGCGCGGAGGUGCUGCGCCUGCGCGGCUACCUGUGGCGCAACGCCGCGCGGCACCCCGCCGCCGCGCGCAACGCCACGUGGCCGGGCGGGCUGCGCGCCGACGCGGGGCUCGCGCCGCCGCUGCCCGACAACAGAUUCGACCAUCUGCGCUGGACCACGUUCAACGCGACGCACGCGUUCAUGCCGGACGAGAACCGCGCCUGCGCCGCGCUCGCCGGCGCACACAAGGAGGCGCUCGAUCUGGUAGAGAAAACGGCGAUAUCGUGGGCGUCCCACCGCUGGGGCGCGCCCCCGCCGCGGGUGCGCGUGGAGGGCGGCGCGUGGCGCUGGGAGCCGCCGCGCGGGCUGCGCUACCGGCUGCUGCUGCGGGAGGCGGCGCCGCAGGGCUCGCGACUCCGCCAAUUGGAAGUGAUCCGCGUGCUAGGCUCUGCCCGCCUCGUCCCCGUGCCGUACGUGACAGAGAGCGGGCGGGUGGUCAUUGUACUGCCCGUGCCAGGGACUGCAGGGGCGGUUGCCGAGGCGGUAUCCUUCCUGAAACGCUACGAGACUGUCUGCCUCGCCCGGGACAGGAACACAGCGCUCAUUGUCGUUAUUGUGUCGUGGACUGAGGGCGCCGAAGACGAUUCCACUAUAACCGCCCCCCUCCGCUCGAGUUUAUCAGCGCUUCAGCAGAAGCACAAUACUGCUAGACUGGAGCUGGUGAGCAUAAAGGCGGCGCGGCCGGCCGGCGCUGGGGACGCCGAGGCGGGCCGGCGGAGCGCCAGGGCUGCGCUGGCGGGCGCGCUGCCGCGGCUGGCGAAGGACGCGCUGGUGCUGGUAGCCGCGCCCCAUAUGGAGUUCAACGAGGAGUUCUUGAACAGGGUGCGCAUGAACACGAUAAUGGGCGAGCAGUGGUUCCUGCCCGUGGGGUUCUCCCGCUUCGCCCAGUACCAGCACCCCGGGUUCGUGGACGAGAACGGGAACAAGCCGCAGGUCAACACGGGCCGGUUCCAGCUGCACGCCGCUCCCGUGCUCUCCUUCUACAGGAAGGACUAUGACUCGGCGGCAGCGGAGAGCAACUCGCGCGGCGAAUCAGACUGGACGAGUAUAGAAUCGCUGCUGACCCGUUCGUCUUUAAGGUGUAUACGAGGUCCGGAGCCAGCUCUCAUUCUGUCAGCUCGAGGUCCGCCGUGCGGGGACAGCGGCUCGCAGGACGACAGGCGGCACUGCCUGAGGCAGCUGAGAGAUGAGGACUUUUCAACCUUGGCCCUAGGAGCCAAACACGCUUUAGCAAGGUUGUUGCUGGAGACUGAGGCAGCCGUAUGAGAUUGUAGAAAUAAAAGUUUGAUAUAAUGAUA